AUGCCGCUACCCAGCUCGGAAGCAAGCAAUGAGCAACGAACAGGUACAUGCGAACAAGGUACAGACAGACAAACUGAUCGGAUUGAGGCGUUGCCACAGUCAUCAUCGCCCAUCUGCACCAUGCACGACAGACACGCGCGUGGCACGGCACAGCUCGCUCAGUCCAAGGUUGGCGUCCAGCCAUGCAAUCUCGGGUCGUUUCCCCCCCAGCCUCCAUCGCCGCUCUGCUCUAUAAUGCCUCCUCGACCCAACACUCCAAUCGCCAGCCCGGAGCCGCCCACAUUUCGCCCACACUCACCCACUUUCAGCCAGCAACGGGAGCUUCAGGUCGCGACUCGACCGAACGCUGCGCUGCCCGAUCGUGCGACCCCAUCCGUUUCCCAGCCUUUUUUCUCACCUCCCAGCUCCAGCUCCAGCUCAGCCCAGAAGCUUGCUUGCAGGUGCGGAAAACUGGAACCGCGCACCCAGACGCGUCUCUUGAUUCGGCCGCCGCGCACCCACCCGAUGCCCAAAGCAGACACAAGUUUAUUAGGUGCCAUCGGCCGGAUUACAGGAAAUACGGGGGGAUUCUCAGGUACGAAGAAGCUCUUGCUUGUGUCGAGGUCCAAGCUGCGCUGUGCCGUUAGAGGGACGAGUACGAGUAGAGCACGGAGAGGCACGGAGCAGAUAUACGGUACUCAUCGGUACCCGCACCCUGCCCGUACACCCCGUCGUGGAACAAGUACAUUGCAGUACUACGAGUACUAUACCCCCGUGAACAGGUACGAGGUGCUACCAGCGUCAUCCUUCCCGCCCAGCCUCUCUCAAAUCUCCUCUGCGCUUCUUCACUCUUCAAUCUCACUCCCUCGCGCGCUCCCUCUCUCGCCUCUCUCCCUUCUUCCCACUCCCUUCGGGGCCGCUGAGAAGAAUCGAAAUCGACAACUCGCCGGCAGAAACGUCUUUGCCCCAGGACAAACCACGUCGAACCCUCGCGAACGCCGCUGCUUGAACCGCCUCCCCUCAGGUUCAGGAUCGCUUCGUCUUCCCACGCCGUCAUCCUUGCGGAAUGGCAAGCGACGCGAAACAGUUGGGCAAGGGGAGGCGGUCCAAGGGCCCUCUCAACUCCCCUUUGCCGAGGCAGCAAGUCCCAAACU